AUAUGCGGUUUAAUUUUGAAAAGUUCAGGAACCGGCAAACUAAAGUGUCCCCAUGUGCCCAUGUUGUGAAAGGAAACGUUAGUGAGUGUUGGGUAAUUGAGGUACCUAGAGUUUUCAGUGUGAAACUUCGGCAAGGGAGUCAAAAGGAAAUCGGAUGGCUUCAGGAGAUAUUGAUCAGCUUACAGAGGCUCUGGCCAAGACUCAUGUUGGGGAAGAGCUUAGCUACAAGGGGCAGGGACGGAAGCUGAACGAUAAACAGUCAGUGGAAGAGAUAGUGCGGGAGAUAGAACAGUUCCAGGGCCUGAAGGCAUUGCGGCUUGAGGGAAAUACUGUUGGCGUUGAAGCAGCACAGGCCAUCUCCAAGGCUCUUGAGUCCAAAAAGGAUCUGCAGCGAUGCUACUGGAGUGAUAUGUUUACGGGUCGCCUUCGCUCUGAAAUUCCAUCUGCCUUGAAAUCACUAGGCAGUGCUCUGAUGAUGUCAGGGGCCAAGCUUACUGAACUGGACUUGAGUGACAAUGCGUUUGGACCUGAUGGCGUAAAGGGCAUUGAGGCCCUCCUCAAGAGCACUGUGUGUUACACUCUUCAGGCACUCAGGCUGAAUAAUUGUGGCAUGGGCAUUGGAGGAGGCAUAAUCCUGGCCUCUGCACUGACUGAAUGCUACAAACAAUCAAGUGCUGCUGGCUCACCUCUAAGGCUAAAAGUCUUUGUAGCAGGACGUAAUCGACUUGAGAAUGACGGCGCCACUGCACUUUCCCAAGCAUUUCAGUUGAUGGGAAGCCUUGAGGAGAUUCACAUGCCACAGAAUGGGAUUAACCACCCAGGCAUCACAGCUUUGGCCACUGCAGUGCAACACAAUCCCAAUCUGCGUGUGCUUAACCUCAAUGACAAUACCUUUACCAAGAGAGGUGCGGUAGCCAUGGCCCAGGCCCUCAGGCAAUUGUGCAAUGUACAGGUCAUUAAUUUUGGAGACUGUCUGGUGCGCUCUGAAGGUGCCAUUGCCCUAACAGCAGCACUAAGAGGACUGCCUGGUCUUAAGGAGCUGAACCUGUCAUUUGGAGAGAUUUCAGAAGCGGCAGCUCUGGUUGUUGCCAGGGCUAUACGGGACAAAGCUGAUCUGGAGAAACUAGACCUCAAUGGAAACUGCCUGGGGGAAGAUGGCUGCGAAGCUCUCAAAGAGGCCAUGGAAAGCAUGGGCAUGGGGGAUGUGCUUGGCUCGCUCAGUGAUGAUGAAGGGGAAGAGGAGGAAGAUGAUGAAGAGGAAGAUGGUGAAGAUGAGGAUACAGAGGAAGAGGAGGAAAAGGAGGAAGAUGAGCAGAACUGUAUCAAUGGGCUAAAAGAUGAAUGUAAAGGUGAAGGUAGCCCAGCAAAGGUGUCUUUAUGCAGUGCUGACUUCUUGUCCUUCCUUCAGUCCCCAACUUCAGAGAAACUGCUUAAUCUUGGUGCCAAGAGAGUUCAGCUCUUUCAGCAACAAGUGGAUUUUUCAGAUGCUACUAAAAUUGCAGACAUUUUCCUUCAGCUAUCCUCAGUAUAUAAAGAAGAUGCAGAAGUGAAGCAAGUUGUUUUUGAGAUUGCUGAUGCCCUGUUGAAGAAGGUGCUUUCCAGCCCUCAGUUUCAAACCUAUAGUUUUACCUCUUCACUGUUGGUAAAACUGGGGCUUUUAAAGGGUGAGGAGACGGCCAAGAAAGUAUGCAUCUUGCCUGGUCACCUACUUGCUCUGAAGCACUGUGUCGAGCAAGAAUACUUCCCUGUGGAUCAGGCCAGUGUUCUAGAGGUCUUUGUGUCUCGAAAUGGCAAAGUUUUAGCGUCAUGUCCCAAUGCUAGAGAUGACCUUAAAGCCACACUGGAGAAAAGGAUCUCUGCCUAGGACCCUGUUUUGACGCUGAGAACUAAUACAGGACAAACACAUGGGCCAAUUACGGGACCAGAAAUGCUUCUAGGGACUUCAUCUAUUAUUGUCUGUAUCCAUCCAAGUCAUCAGUUUUCUUUUGUUGGAGCAUUUGAAAUUUGACCAUAGUGAAGCAAGUCCUUGGAGACUGAAAUGUAGAAAGUACAUUGCAAACCACUGCCAUAUUACAAACAAAUUUAAUGUUAAAUUAUAUAUUUUUUGAAAAGAGUGACUUUGAAAAGAAGUGUGAUUCUACUGAGGUUUUUCUUUCAUUCACAGAUUCAGUCGUGGCUACCUGAAUAACAGCCCAGUUGCUGUUAAAGAGCUUUUUAGAUAUGAUGAUAUUUGAAGAUGAAUUUCUGUAUUUUGAAUAUGAUAUUCCUAUACUGUGUGUCAUAACAUCAACUGAUGCAGUAAGAGCACACCAACUAACUGAUUUAGGGGGAUUUCUUCAACUUGAAAUACAUUUUAUUUUUCACCUAACUUGUUUAUUGACUUUCUCAAAUAAUACCAACAAUAUGAACAAACAAUUGCUAUUUGGUCGGUGGCAGACUUAAUCUGAAGAAUGGAACAAAAAUAAAAAUGUUAAUGUUUUUUCCACCUGGAAAAAAAUAACUGUAAUUACUUUUUUAAAAAAAAUAUUGAUCUAUUUUCAUACAUAAAACAAAAACCUAAUAAAAAGUAUUGGAUGAGGGCUUUGUAGUAACAUUUAUUCUAGCUCAUGUAGGUAAUCUAAUUUAAGAAGUGUGACACAAGUCUUUACACACUGAUUUAUUUGACAAGAGGUGUCAAAUUUAGUAUGAAGUGAUGGUAGAAUUGGUGUUCAAAAUCUUUAGGGAACAGCUAGUAAAAGGGAACAGAAUAAAAUAUGAAAAACGUACCUCAAUAUGAUUUAAAUCUCAUACUUCUGGCUGUAUGAUUAUUAUACUCAUUGUGCUCUUUUGUUUUUAUAUUCACAUUAAACUGAUGAAUUGUUUUGUGAGGAAA